GUGACCCAGCUGUGCACUGUUCCUCUCUCUGGCCUGUGGGAGUCCCUGCUGCUGUUGCUGAUGGUUACAUAGGCUGUGUCUGGGUCUUUUCCCCCUCUAGCUACCUCCCCAGUGUACCUGGGAACCAGGGGACCUGGAUGCUUCUCUCUGCUCUGCCCCCAGGUUCCUAGGAGGUGAGUGCGGACGGUAUGCAAAGUUGUGAAUCCAGUGUGGACAGUGCGGAUGACCCUUUCAGUCGUGGCCUGCGGAAAAGGGGACAGCCUCGUGUGGUGGUAAUCGGUGCUGGCUUGGCUGGCCUGGCUGCGGCCAAAGCGCUUCUGGAGCAGGGCUUCACGGAUGUCACUGUACUCGAGGCUUCCAGCCACAUCGGAGGCCGCGUACAGAGCGUGAAACUUGGACACGCCACCUUUGAGCUGGGAGCCACCUGGAUCCAUGGCUCCCACGGGAAUCCUAUCUAUCAUCUAGCAGAAGCCAGUGGCCUCUUGGAAGAGACAACCGAUGGGGAGCGCAGCGUGGGCCGCAUCAGCCUCUAUUCCAAGAAUGGCGUGGCCUGCUAUCUUACCAACCACGGCCGCAGGAUCCCCAAGGACGUGGUUGAGGAAUUCAGCGAUUUAUACAACGAGGUCUAUAACUUGACCCAGGAGUUCUUCCGGCAUGGUAAACCAGUCAAUGCUGAGAGUCAGAACAGCGUCGGGGUGUUCACCCGGGAGGAGGUGCGCAACCGAAUCAGGGAUGACCCUGACGACACAGAGGCCACCAAGCGCCUGAAGCUCGCCAUGAUCCAGCAGUACCUGAAGGUGGAGAGCUGUGAGAGCAGCUCACACAGCAUGGAUGAGGUGUCCCUGAGUGCCUUUGGGGAGUGGACCGAGAUCCCUGGUGCUCAUCACAUCAUCCCCUCAGGCUUCAUGCGGGUGGUGGAGCUGCUAGCUGACGGCAUCCCCGCCCACGUCAUUCAGCUGGGAAAACCUGUCCGCUGCAUUCACUGGGACCAGGCCUCAGCCCAUCCCCGGGGCCCUGAGAUUGAGCCUCGUGUUAAGGGUGACCACAAUCACUGCACUGGGGAGGGCCGCCAGAGUGGAGAGGGUUCCCAGGGGGAUGGGUGGGAUGAGGAUGAGCAGUGGCCCGUGGUGGUGGAGUGCGAGGACUGUGAGGUAAUCCCUGCAGACCACGUGAUCGUGACUGUGUCGCUGGGCGUGCUCAAGAGGCAGUAUACCAGCUUCUUCCAGCCAGGCCUGCCCACGGAGAAGGUGGCUGCCAUCCACCGCCUGGGCAUCAGUACCACUGACAAGAUCUUCCUUGAAUUUGAGGAGCCCUUCUGGGGCCCCGAGUGCAACAGCCUGCAGUUUGUGUGGGAGGAUGAGGCAGAGAGCCGCACCCUCACCUACCCACCUGAGCUCUGGUUCCGCAAGAUCUGUGGCUUUGAUGUCCUGUAUCCACCGGAGCGCUAUGGCCAUGUGCUUAGUGGCUGGAUCUGUGGGGAGGAGGCGCUCGUCAUGGAGAAGUGUGAUGACGAAGCGGUGGCUGAGAUCUGCACGGAGAUGCUACGUCAAUUCACAGGAAACCCCAAUAUUCCAAAACCUCGGCGAAUCCUGCGUUCUGCUUGGGGUAGCAACCCCUACUUCCGAGGUUCCUAUUCAUACACGCAGGUGGGCUCAAGUGGAGCAGAUGUGGAGAAGCUGGCAAAGCCCCUACCAUACACGGAGAGCUCCAAGACAGCGCCCAUGCAGGUGCUGUUUUCCGGCGAGGCCACUCACCGCAAGUACUACUCCACCACCCAUGGUGCUCUGCUGUCUGGCCAGCGUGAGGCUGCUCGUCUCAUCGAGAUGUACCGAGACCGCUUCCAGUAGGGACCCUGAGGCUGUCCUUACUGUCGAGCGUGUUCCUUACAGAACCACUAACUCGUGACUGCCAUCCCUGCUCCUUGUCCCUGUGUACUCCUAAUUUCCUAAUCUUCUGUAGAAUGGAUUUUUAUCUUUUGUAGAGCUAGACACCCUAGCUGGCUUCAGACCUGGCCCUGUAGCUUGUCCUUUUCUCUGGGUCAGACAGUUACCAGGUGGGGCCCUGUGAUUUACCUCUGCUGGGAUGCUGACCUUCUGUGCCUCCCCUCCUCCCUUGUCAUUGCAAGUGCCUUUAAUACUUUGCAUUUUGGGAUAAUAAAAGAGGUGAUCCUUCCUGCCUCUUUGCA